GGGUCAAGAAGGGGCGGAGAAAGGAGCGAGCCAGGAGCUAUCUCACCCCGCAGCUUCCCUCACAGAUUUCCUCUCUCUCUCCCACGCAGCGCUGCAACCCCGGGGCCGACCCUAUCCCCGGCCAAUCCGCUGGGUCCUUAUCGUCUGCAGAGCCCCUAAGUCCGAGUCAGGCCCGCUACCGGAGACCACGACUCCGUGUUUUACCCCGGUCUCCUGAGGAGGGAGGUGCGGCUGGGCUUCGUGCUAAGACACCUGGGUUGUAUGUAUUGGGCUGAGCUAAGCGGUGUGAGAAUCGGAACUGCCCACUGUGCUAACCUGAGGUGGCGCCAGCCAUUCUGCUGCUCGUUCCUUUGCACUUCUCCAUUUCCUCUUGGGCUCUACGUGUAACCUUCGAGCCCUGAUCGGGGUAAUGGUGAGGGGUAGCGUGACGUUAUUUCAUUUCACAGCUUCUCGGCAUUCCACAGGUUUCCCUCCGCCUUCUCAGGGCCUAUCUUAACCCAGAGAGUGGUUUCCCACCUCCAGGAAAUGAGUUUGGAGCGGGGACCACGUUGAGAAAGGCGAAGGGCAUUGUGGGGGCGUUAUGUAAAAGUAGGACCCCAACCGACAGAUCCUCUCGGGUGCUCGCGCUACCUGGGCACGCGAUGCUUGUGCGUAAUGCUAGAGGAAAAGUUCCAGAGAGGGAAACCGAACUGGGCGCUUUGCGAACGCCUGCGCGCUCAAGUAAUGUGGGUGGUUUUGUUGUUGCAAUGCAUGCGUUUUCGUGCUGUGAGGCUGUUUGAUUGUGUACUCUUUUUAUCAGAAUAGCGUCACUUUGCGCAGCGGAACACAAACGGGAGCCUUUCUUGGAGAGAGAAGUGUCAUACCUAUUUUGUUUAGGCAAAGGAAAUCCCUAAAUGGAACAGAGGAAAAUUUAAAGGGCCAGGAUGGUUUUUUUUUAAUGGUUCCUAGAGGUGGCUCUAGUCACUGCAGGGACCAUCAGGGGCUUGGCUUGCUUGACUCAUUCUCCUUUGCCUGGUCUCAUUUUCUCAGUUCUACCAAAAGCCAUGUCCAGACCCUCCCUCAUCAACUUCACCCCAGCCACCGACUCUAGUGACCUCUGGAAGGAUGGGCAACAGCAGCUGCAGCCUAAGGAGCCAGAGCCCACCCUGGAUGGGGCUGCAGCUCGAGCUUUCUAUGAGGCCCUGAUUGGGGGUGAGAGCAGUGCCUCUGAGUCCCAGAAGACUCAGCCUGAACCUGCCAGGGAAAGAAAAAGGAAGAAAAGAAGAAUGAUGAGGGAGGCUGCAGCAGCAGCAGUGGCAGCAGGAACAUCAGGAAGACGUGGACAAGGGAGAUCCCUGGAGGCUGAGGACAAGAUGACCCAGUGGAUACUGAGGGCAGCCCAGGAGGGGAACCUGGCAGAACUUCGAAGACUAUUGGAGCCCCAUGAGGCAGGGGGUGCUGGGGGGAAUAUCAACACUCGGGAUGCCUUCUGGUGGACCCCCCUGAUGUGUGCAGCUCGAGCAGGCCAGGUGGCAGCUGUGAGCUACCUCCUGGGCCGUGGGGCUGCCUGGGUUGGGGUCUGUGAACUUGGUGGCAGGGAUGCUGCUCAGUUGGCUGAAGAAGCUGGCUUCCCUGAGGUGGCCCGCAUGGUCAGGGAGAGCCAUGGAGAGACAAGAAGCCCAGAGAAUGGGUCUUCCGGUCCAUCCCCCCAGUACUGUGAGACCUGUGACGCCCACUUCCAAGAUUCCAACCACCGUACAUCCACUGCUCACCUGUUGUCAUUGUCCCAGGGUCCCCGGCCCUCCAGCCUUCCCCUUGGGGUGCCCACCUCAAGCCCAGGAUUUAAGCUGCUGCUGAGGGGAGGCUGGGAGCCAGGAAUGGGGCUAGGACCCCGGGGUGAGGGCCGUGCCAACCCCAUCCCCACUGUCCUCAAGAGGGACCAAGAAGGAUUAGGCUAUAGGUCAGCACCCCAGCCCCGAGUCACACACUUUCUGGCUUGGGACACCCGGGCUGUGGCUGGGAGGGAGAGAGCUCCUCGGGUGGCCACACUAACCCGGAAGGAGGAAAGAAGGCAAGAGGAGAAGGACAGGGCCUGGGAGCGGGAUUUGAGGACAUACAUGAACCUUGAGUUAUGACCUUGGUGAAAUCUGAACGUGGUUUGCUGCUUAAAUCUGACCUUGGGCCUCAGACUUCUACUUCCUGGGAUCUGCACUGUUUGAUCAGUAGGCUCUGUCUUUGGAAGAGGGGCUGAGAGUUGAAAAAUAAACCAACCUCUGUCUUU